AUGCUUCGACAGCUGGGCGGCAAGAAACCCCACACAGUCAAACUUCUCGCCACGUUUCGGCAUGGCCGAACUUACUCCCUGCUCUUUCCAUGGGCGGAAUGUGAUCUCCUCAUGUAUUGGAAACGCGACCGCGACACCGGCCACCAAGGAAAAACGCCCACGCUUAUUCUCUGGGUCGCUCAUCAGUGCCAUGGUCUUCUUGAGGCACUACAUUGGAUCCACGGGUGCGAUCCCAGCAAUAUGGUCAAGGACCGGCAAAACCAACCACUUUACGGACGGCAUGGCGAUAUCAAGCCUGAGAACAUUCUGUGGUAUAAGCAGGACCUGGACGGACCCCACGCCCUCGCAUCUGGGGAGCUUGUCCUCUCGGAUUUUGGGCUGAGCGCACUCAACCAUCGCCAAAGCCGGUCCAACGUCAAAAACGGGGAUUUUCAGCACACGACAACCUACGCAUCUCCGGAGAGUGUUCUGCCAGAUGAACUCAUCUCGAGGUCGAUUGAUAUCUGGGCGCUGGGGUGCGUCUACCUGGAAUUCGUCACCUGGGUCGUCGGAGGCUCAUCCCUUGUGGGUGAAUUCCAAGGGGCUCGGUUGUCUCCCUUUCUGGGAUCCCUCCACUCGAAUGACGUUUUCUGGGAGGUGCAAGAACUCGAAGUCCCUACAGCGGAAAACCAAAAGCACGUAACGGUUUGGAUCAAGAAUCUGCGCGAAAGGACCGAAGCCACCAACUUCAUCCAUGAUUUUCUCGACAUCAUCGCUAACCACAUGUUGGUGAUCGAGAAGAAGGAUAGGGCCACAGUCGAUCAGCUGCUACCCAGGUUCAGCGCCAUCAAAGCAAACUGUGAUCAAGACUCUUCGUACUAUACGGAGCCAUCAACCAGAACUGGUGAUGCGGUCGUCGCCCAGAUCCCCGCUGCCCAAACGCUCAAUAUCCACACUCGGGUGGCAAUCAGAAGGGCGUCACAGGCCCUCCCACGAUACACUGGACAGGCGGAGGUGAGGCCGCAGCGGAACGAGGCGGCUUAUCUCAAACCGCCGGCGUGA